UAAGGUAAUAUCAUUUUAUUUCAGUAUAUACAUUAUAAACAUAGAAAAAAUGGCUCCACCACUGGAAGAUAUUUUUGAAACAUCAAGUUUUGCUUCCUUAAUUGAACGAGAAGAGAGAGAAGAAAUUAUUCAUUUGGAUCUUCACACUGCGUCUCUCAUUGGAGAUUAUGAUUGUGUCCGCGGGUUUAUAGAAAGGAAAUCCAAUUUGAAUCAUUUGAAUCGUGGCGGUUGGACAGCACUUAUGUACGCAGCUUAUGUUGGACGAGAUAAUAUACUUAAUCUUCUGUUAGAAGCUGGUGCUAAAAUAAAUAUACAAUCUAAAAAAGAUGGUUGUACCGCAUUAAUGCUGGCAUCUUACUGUGCAAGUGAAUCAAUAAUGUACUUUCUGUUGCAGCACGGUGCUUCCAUCAAUUCACGAGAUGUCAACGGUAUGACCAGUCUGUUUCAUGCUGUAAAGCAAGGUCACCAAAGUGCUGUCAAAUUACUUGCUUCAAAUGGUGCUGACCUUGACACAUGUCACGCAGUGACAGGAAGUACACCUCUAAUGGAAGCAGCCAUUGCUGGACAUGAAGUGAUAUUCAGCAUUUUGUUGCAUCACGGAGCAGAUAUUUCCAAAAGAACAAAGAAAGGAGAAACUAUUCGCAGUCUGGCUGUGCGGUAUGGUAAUCAAGCCAUAGUCACUUUAAUAGACAAAGUUACAAGAAGCACACAAAUUCCAUUACGUGAAGAACCAAAAUUGGGUAGUGGCGAAGCUUUGUAUGAUUCCGGGUCUUCUGACUCAAGAGAAUCAAAUAUCAAUGAAGGUCCAAGUGCUAUCUCAAACAUGUUUAUCAACCGAGGCAUGCCACAAGGUGAGAAACCGAUAGCUGCAUUGUGUCCAGACUUCAACAAUCUGAUGGCUCCACGCAAUACUGCUCCUGCAAGCAACGAAUAUUCAACAGGAUCUGAUCCAGUUAAUCUCCAGAUGUCUGGCGUUUCUACAACUGGUGUUGAGAAAGAUUCUUCAGAAAUGGCAACGGAAAGAUAUUCUCAGAAGAAAGUUAGCAGAAUAGCAAGCGAAUUACCGAAAAACGUUUUCACGACGCAACGUUCAUUAGAUUUCCUUCCGCCGCCAGAAUCGUUGAAAGAACUGCUUGAAGAGUUCAAACUGGAGUCUUAUAUACCAAGAUUUGAACAGCAGGGAAUCGAUCUAACUGCUUUCCUCGAGCUUACUGAUGUAGACCUAAAAGAUAUGGGUGUGGAGAAACUUGGUCCUCGAAAAAAACUUAUAAUCGCCAUAAAAAGUUGCAAGGAGAGAUUGAAGUCAACUCAACGUAAUAACAGUUUACAGACAGAGCCUGCACAAACUGAUCAACUCCAGUUACAGAUACAGCAACUAAAUGCACAACUUCACGAGGCUGUUGCGUACAUUAAACAGCAAAACUCUCAACUUCUGCAAGCUCAGCAAUACAGAACUGACGUCAGCAAUUAUUUUCAAGCAGAAGAACAUCGUAUGAGACAGAUAGCAUAUUGCACGAAUGAUUUCGGAAAGAUAUGUAAGGAAGCAUCUGGACAAAUGAGAAAACUCAAGGAGUACAACAAUCAAGUGAGCUUGUUACUGCAUAAACUAAAAGAACGUUCCGAUUACACGAUACUAGCGCAAGAGUUAGGUAUUGACGCGUCGCUAUAUGACGUGAUGGAAAAAGUAAAAUGUGAUAUUGAGACGACGACAGGCCGUCUGGAUUUGACGUACAAGCAGGUGGAGAACACGUUAAGACUUGCGCAAAUGAAUCAGACACAACUCCUUAAUACUUGAUCAUUAACUACCCUUAUGACGUUAAAUGCAUUUAUGUUUUUUUUUGAAUUUUAUAGUUUUCUUUUCGGUUAUUUUAAUAUUCAUUUUUACUGUUUUCUUUUUUAUAUUCAUUUUUUUUAUCUUUUUUAUUUAAUUUUUAUACUUGUACAUUUAUAAGGGUAUUUUGUCUUGUUAUUUCUCUCUUUUUUGUAUAAAAACAAAUGAUUCAUCAUAUUUCUUGUUCCAGUUGGCACAUUAUCCGGGAAUUUUACCAUCUUAAUGUUAUAAUAAUUAUGUAAUGUAUUUAUUAAACGGUUUAUUUGAGAUUUACGCUUACCCACGAUGUCUUAAUUUAUACGUUAUUAUCUCUUUGCUCACUCGUCUGGUUGCUUUUGGUACGGAGUUUCUGAAUAGCGGUCAAUGAAAUCAUAUUCAAAUGAAGAAUCAGAAAAAUACUUUUAAGUCUUGUGAAGUCUUCAACUUCAUUCCGAGGACUUCUUAAAAUUUCUAUUGUUUAGGAGCUCUGAGAUUACGAGUUUUAGUGUUGGUACGAUGCUUCAGGAUCCGUAUUUGCAAUGACUCUGAAAUUUGUGGUAUAAAGUUGUUUUUAUUGUUAUCACCAUCGUGAUGUGCAGUCUAAAUUUUUUGUUUUAGUUAUUUAUGCUAUUAUUGAAAUUUUUUGGAAGUUUUCAGAAUUAGAAUUAGACAAAAGUGAUAAACUUA